CAAGCGUAUUCCCUAUCAUUGUGCAGACAUGUAAGACAGUUUCGCCCUCAGGUACUCCAAUGAAAUGAGGGCAGCUAAGCGUCUUCGGGGCAUGCUCCUGAGCGUCGGGUGCCUGGGGGUUGCACUGUUUGGCCUGCUGCAACUCCGACUUCACCUCAUGGGCACUCUCACCCCGGUGUUCGCCACGGCCGAUAACCCCACUGCGCGUUGUCCCUCCGCGUAUACUCGUACCCUUACUUUCGCUUAUCUCCCCGUCUUCAAUUUCGGCCUUCUGCUUUGGCCUCGGUGGUUAAGCUUUGAUUGGUCCAUGGACGCCAUACCCAGAAUAACAUCUCUGUUCGACCCUAGGAGCACUGUAACGUUGCUCUUCUAUUACUUGUUUUAUCGGGCAACGAAGAGAACAUUCUGGAAACUGACCGCACUAGAAAACCAUUUGUAUCAACAGCAGCAGAAGCCACAGUCUUACCACAGACCCCGGAGACAUUCCCAUAGGCGCCCCAGUCAUAUCAGUGCAGCGAACAAUAUCGUCACAAAGCCCCAUGUCUCCACAGUUGCCCCUGCACACACUGGAGACACUGUUAAAACGAUGACAUCUUCCUCCUGCCCUGUCUGUCGUCACAGCCUCCUAGAUCACCAUUCUGCCAUAUGUCGAAAUAACAAUAAUAAUAACACUAUUCCAAUGUUGGGAACGUCAUCAGCUCCUUGUUGCUGUAGCAACGGAGUUCCAAAAUUCCCACAUCAGACACCGAUAGCUGAUGGUGAUGUUAGGAAGAGUACUUAUCCCCGAAGACUGCGCCCCACCGGAAAGGCGUACCUGAGCAACGCGGAAAUUCUCCUUCUGUCUCUGGCCUUCAUCGCUCUCCCAUUCCUCCCUGCCACAAACGUAUUCUUCUACGUUGGCUUUGUGGUCGCCGAGCGGGUUCUUUACAUCCCCAGUGUCGGCUACUGUCUCCUGAUUGGACUCGGGUGUAACGUGAUUCAUUCAAGAGCCAGCAAGAGUUUGGUGUUUGUGGGUGUUGCGCUUCUACUGGCCACGUUCAGCAUAAGAACUGUUCAGAGGAAUCGUGACUGGGUGGAUGAAGAGAGCCUGUACAGAGCCGGCAUCCCCGUCAACCCGCCGAAAU